GCAGCAGAGAAGGUGGGCGGGAGAAAACUUUAUAGGAAGGUGGAGGCAAACUCUGCAGAGGGAAGCAGCGAGCGGCGGAGCGGAGCGGAGAGGAGGGGCGGGCGGUCCCCCCCGCAGGCGCAGGGCGCAGGGCGCGGGCUGGCUGAGGAGGGGGCCCGGGCGUGAGGCGGAGUCCCGGCGUGCGGCCAGGCUGGUGGGGGCCCCCGGCGGGCUGCAGAUUUCCUUGGGCUCCAGGAGCCGCAGCAGGACCGGCCAGGAGGCGCCAUGGAGGGGAGCCCCAUCCCGGUGCUGACGGUGCCCACCGCGCCCUACGAGGACCAGCGGCCGGCCGGCGGUGGGGGGCUGCGGCGGCCCACUGGCCUCUUCGAGGGCCAGCGCAACUACCUGCCCAACUUCAUCCAGAGCGUGCUGUCGUCCAUCGACCUGCGCGACCGCCAGGGCUGCACCAUGGUGGUGGGCAGCGACGGCAGGUACUUUAGCAAGACGGCCACCGAGAUCGUGGUGCAGAUGGCUGCAGCCAACGGGAUUGGACGACUGAUUAUUGGACAGAAUGGCAUCUUGUCGACACCUGCGGUCUCCUGCAUUAUCAGGAAGAUCAAGGCAGCUGGUGGAAUCAUCCUAACAGCCAGCCACUGCCCUGGAGGACCAGGGGGAGAGUUUGGAGUGAAGUUUAAUGUUGCCAAUGGAGGUCCUGCACCAGAUGUUGUCUCAGACAAAAUCUACCAGAUCAGCAAAACAAUUGAGGAGUAUGCUAUAUGUCCUGAUCUCCGAAUUGACCUAUCUCGACUAGGAAGACAAGAAUUUGACCUAGAGAAUAAAUUCAAACCAUUCCGAGUGGAGAUAGUGGACCCAGUGGAUAUCUAUCUCAACCUCCUUCGGACUGUCUUUGAUUUUCAUGCCAUCAAGAGUUUGCUGACUGGGCCCAGCCAAUUGAAGAUUCGAGUUGAUGCGAUGCAUGGAGUUAUGGGACCUUAUGUGAGAAAAGUUCUGUGUGAUGAGCUGGGGGCCCCAGCCAAUUCUGCAAUAAACUGUGUUCCUCUGGAAGACUUUGGAGGGCAGCAUCCUGACCCAAACCUGACAUAUGCAACGACUCUUCUGGAAGCCAUGAAAGGAGGAGAAUAUGGAUUUGGAGCUGCAUUUGAUGCUGAUGGGGACCGUUAUAUGAUCCUAGGCCAAAAUGGCUUCUUUGUGAGCCCUUCUGACUCCCUGGCCAUCAUUGCUGCCAACCUUUCUUGCAUUCCGUAUUUCCGUCAGAUGGGGAUCCGUGGAUUUGGGAGGAGUAUGCCAACCAGCACAGCCCUGGACAGAGUGGCCAAAUCAAUGAAGGUUCCUGUAUAUGAGACCCCAGCUGGAUGGAGAUUCUUCUCAAAUCUGAUGGACUCAGGACGGUGCAAUCUGUGUGGGGAAGAGAGCUUUGGCACUGGCUCUGACCACCUCCGAGAGAAGGAUGGCCUGUGGGCUGUCUUGGUCUGGCUCUCCAUUAUUGCUGCCCGGAAGCAGAGUGUGGAGGAAAUUGUCCGAGAUCAUUGGGCCAAAUUUGGCCGCCACUACUAUUGCAGGUUUGACUAUGAGGGGUUGGAUCCCAAGGCGACAUAUUAUAUCAUGAGGGACCUGGAGGCCCUGGUCACAGACAAAUCCUUCAUUGGCCAGCAGUUUGCUGUGGGGAGCCAUGUCUACAGUGUGGCGAAGACGGAUAGCUUUGAGUACGUGGACCCUGUGGAUGGCACUGUGACCAAGAAACAGGGCCUGAGGAUCAUUUUCUCGGACGCGUCACGGCUCAUCUUCCGGCUCAGUUCCUCCAGUGGUGUGCGGGCCACCCUCAGACUGUACGCAGAGAGCUAUGAGAGGGACCCCAGCGGCCACGACCAGGAGCCACAGAUAUUGAAAUCUGGACUCAUACUCUGCCAUUACUACAUAUUGUUUUCCCUGGAGCUGAGAACACUCCUGGGAUGGUUGGUCAUCUGACGGCGUGUAAAAAACUACCUUGGUUGGGAAUCUGGUAGAGUCUCCCAGGGCCUAGUGUCUAUCAUAGACCAGGGCUUUUUAGAGUUUUGAUGACAAUAAGACUUUUUCCUGGCCAACCAUUGUGAUCUGACCUUCUUUCAAGGUACUGAGUAUGUGAACCGUUGUGUAUCCAUACUAUACACACUCUAGGACUUGUGGGAAACUAUGGACUGCCACUUUAAACCAUUCACGUUAAUCCCACAGACACAACCAAUCUAAAAUCUCCAUUUAUGGCAAUAUAUACAAACAAGGCCCUUCAUUCCAAAUCUUGCAAGAGUGUCUUGCCAUUGCCAGCUUAUCCCAAGAACUAGUGGUCUUAAGAACAGAACAUUGAAGAGCCAAAAAGCAUGCCUUGAUCCUGACUUCGGGUCAAGUUUGGAUUAUAGUUUAGAAAGCCUGGACCCUAAAAAAAAUUGUAUUUCUCCCGCCUACUUUAUAUAUGUACUUAAAAAAAAAAGCUCUA